UCUAUUGUCCCAGCCUGUUUUGGUACAGUGAGUUCAGAGCAUAAACGUUGAAGACUUCAAAGGAAAUAGGCAGACAGCAACUUGUUUAGAAGUGUUUUUAUUGACAUAUUUUGUGUUCGAGGAAACGACAGUGAUGCCAUCCGACAGACCUUUUAAGCAAAGACGGACAUUCGCGGACAGGUGCAAAGAGGUGCAGCAAAUCCGGGAGCAGCACCCCAACAAGAUUCCGGUUAUCAUUGAGCGUUAUAAGGGCGAGAAACAGCUACCCGUCUUGGACAAAACCAAGUUCCUGGUGCCCGAUCACGUCAACAUGAGCGAGCUGGUGAAGAUCAUUAGGCGCAGGCUGCAGCUGAACCCCACCCAGGCCUUCUUCCUACUGGUCAACCAACACAGCAUGGUCAGCGUCUCCACCCCAAUCUCGGAGAUUUACGAGCAGGAGCGGGAUGAGGACGGCUUCCUCUACAUGGUGUACGCCUCCCAGGAGACCUUUGGCUGCUAGGGCGGGAGGUCUGGCCAAAAGCGAUCAGGGGGUAGGGGUGGGGUGAGGGUAUGUGUGCGUGUGUCUGUGUGUGUGUGUGUGUGUGGGGGGGAUGUAUGUGAGCCGGGGGAUGGCGGGGUAGAAGAGGGACAGAGAAGGAAAUCAUGCAGCGAGAGAUGUGGCACGAGCUCGCAUGCUUUUGACAGACUGCUCCCCUUUACUCUCAUGUGUUUUUUUCUUUCUCUCUCGCUCUCGUUCACUCGCCCGUCCCGCGUCCCCCCUCCUCACCCACCCUCACCUCCACCCCCACCCCAAACCCCACCCCCAACCCCAACCCCGCCCCUUCUUUGACCUCCGCCACUUCCUGCAGUGUCCCUUGAGAUGCUGUCAAUAAACAAGCAACAUCGUCAUCAUGUGGUUUCCCACUACACACUGUGUAUGGAAGCACUACUGCUACUGGUGCAAGUCUACCCUCUGCUGUUAGACAUUCUACUCAAGCCCACCCCCUUGUCCCCAUCCCCACCUAGUUAGACUGGUUUGAGUGUGUUUCGUAGGGAUGCGUUUUUCCUAACGUCUUUGUUUUGUUGCGUUGUCGCCCCAGAAGUGGGUUUUGUUUCAAUAGCCAGGAAGUCUUUUUUUUUGAUAGGGGGCAGCUCUAUAAAUAGCAGUGAUCUGCCUCAUGUCUUCUUGUAAAUAGGUCAGGCAAAGAUGCAGUGAUCUUUGUCUCCGUUUGUUUCUCUCUUUGUUUCCAUGGCUUUGUUUGGUUUUGUUUUAGCCCUUUGCAUUUAUCUAUCAGCUUUGUAGCUACACCACGUGCUUCUAGGUGCGGUCCAAAACCAAAUGUUUGGUUUAUUCUUUCAUUUCAGAAUCAUGCGCAAACGUUCAGAGGGUAAAGCCCCGCUUGAUUCAGUAGUGUAGCUACCAGGCCCGACUUAGCCUUGAGGUCUCUGACAUGCCUCCCCACAGUUGAUCAGAAAUGGCACCCUUGCCCUAGCUGAGAGAGGCUUGUAAUGCCUACGCUUGAAUCUAACUGAUUGAAAGAGAAAGGGCUGAUGGUUCACUGCUGAUGAAAUCGAAGCGCAUCCUUGUUUUGCUCCGUUAGAUAAGAGUAAUUGUAUCACACGUUGUACAUAAGUCGCCUCUUUAGUCAUAAUUUGUACUUAAAGUGGCAUCAGAAUGGAGACUAAUCCCAAGUAAUUUCUUUUCAAAACACUCAUAUUUUUCCUCAUCUUUUUGAAAGUCCUUCGUUAUCUUCUUAGCGUUUGUGUCUAUCCUGUGUGUGAGUGAAAGCACAGUCUGAUAUGGCAAGGGCUCAUUGAGAGUGAUCUUUGACACACCUGUAGACUUUGUCAUGCUAGCUUCAUCUCCGUCUGCAGUUACCCCCAGUAAGCCAACUUGAACACUAGACUUUUUGACUGGCGAGGGAGGGGAGAUGCUUGCCUAAUACAUUACUUUGCGUCGAGUGAUGUCAGUUGAUCUGCUCUAUAAUGUAGGAAACAAAAAAAAAAUAUGCUUUUUUUGCACAAAAAAAAAAAAAACUGUUAAAAGAUAAACUGUAUUAAAUCUAGAGAAGAAAUAAUUACAAUAGCACAUAAUUGUACUCUAUUUUAUAUCUGCUUCCUUCCUUUGGGACACCAUAUGAUAAGUAUGCCUUCUGUCAGAACUUUAUAAAUGAAGGGUUUGUGGUUCUCUACUUACCUGCAUGUUUCUUUUCUCUACUUGUUUUUUUAUAUAUUGAUUUACGCUAUAGAUUUGGUAAUUAUUUUAACUUUAUUUAAAGAGGAAAUGAAAGUCUUUUUAGAUGUGUCCAACCAAAUGUAAAAAAAAAACAACAACCCUGAAACCUGUAUGUGUACUGUAUGUAUGGUUGAAAUGUUUGGAACACAAAUGUGUGUAUAAAACAUUAUAUAAGCAACGUA